UGUGAGCGCCGGGCUACGGGGUCUGCCACGGACACUGCCUCUUGUAGUGAUUCUCGGGGCCACGGGCACCGGCAAAUCCACCCUGGCGUUGCAGCUAGGCCAGCGGCUCGGUGGCGAAAUCGUUAGCGCUGACUCCAUGCAGGUUUAUGAAGGCCUAGACAUCAUCACCAACAAGGUUUCUGCCCAAGAGCAGAGAAUGUGCCAGCACCACAUGAUCAGCUUUGUGGAUCCUCUCGUGACAAAUUACACAGUUGUGGAUUUCAGGAACAAGGCAACUGCUCUGAUUGAAGAUAUAUUUGCCCGAGACAAAAUUCCUAUUGUCGUGGGAGGAACCAAUUAUUACAUUGAAUCUCUGCUCUGGAAAGUUCUUGUCAAUACUAAGCCCCAUGAGAUGGGCACCAAGAAAUUGACCGACCGAAAAGAGCUUGAGAAGGAGGAUGGCCAUGUCCUCCACAAACGCCUAAGCCAAGUGGACCCAGAAAUGGCUGCCAAGCUGCACCCCCAUGACAAACGCAAAGUGGCCAGGAGCUUGCAAGUGUUUGAAGAAACGGGGAUCUCUCAUAGUGAAUUUCUUCAUCGUCAACAUGCAGAGGAAGGUGGUGGUCCCCUUGGAGGCCCUCUGAAGUUUCCUAACCUUUGCAUCCUCUGGCUUCAUGCUGACCAGACAGGACCUGGUCCCAGUGUCCCCCCAGUAUAUGGCUUAGAAGUAUCUGAUGUCUCGAAGUGGGAAGAGUCUGUUCUUGAACCUGCUCUUGAAAUCGUGCAAAGUUUCAUCCAGGGCCACAAGCCUGCAGCUGCUCCAGUAAAGAUGCCAUGCAAUGAAAUGGAGAACAAGAGAAGUUACCACAUGUGUGACCUCUGUGAUCGAAUCAUCAUUGGGGACCGUGAAUGGGCAGCACAUAUAAAAUCCAAAUCCCAUUUGCACCAACUGAGGAAGAGAAGAAGAUUGGACUUGGAUGCUCUUGCUACCAUUGAGAGUCAGAGUAUUUCUCCAGACUGUGACAAAGAGCCCGAAGAGAAAGGGUCCCCAGGGAAGAAUGAGAAAGAGCUGAAAUCUGGUGUUUAAAGAGAAAUGUCCAGUAGUAGCCUUUGCACAGGUAGGGACCCAGUUCAGGAGGGAGGGUUAUGUCUGUGUCCCUGUCUGGACUGAGGAGUGCUACGCAGAAAGCCCCCACGAUUUUCUUUCUACAGUGGUGUAGUUUCAGUGUUCUUUGUCAUGGAAACAGCAGGACUUGUUAGCUCCCUGUUUGGCUGAUGUGCCUGGUAAUGAUGAUUUUUGGAAGGAAUUUUUUUUCUUUCAACCCAAAAGGUUCUAUUUUUGAAAGAGGCACAGAUUGCACUUUUUAAUACUUGAGGAUCUUUUUGGUAAUGAAUACCUGAAUUUCCUAUAUCCCUUAAAAAAGAAGUUUUAUGUCCCUGUGGCUAAAAAUAUCUCAUUUCCACUUCUAUAAAAGAUGACUGAAGUAUUGUGAGCCACAAAUCAGGAGUUCUGGAUUUGGGUGAAUGGCAGGAAAGGCCCAGCCCCAGUGAGAUGAUUAAGUGAACUCAGCCAGUUGUUGGAUUACACUGAGAAGGAGAGAAGGAGGUGGUCAUGAUGUGGCUUGAAAACUAAAGACUUUGACAUUUGUUGAGCUCCUCCUGUGUGAUAAUUACUAUCACUGCUAUCUUUUUAUUGAGUUAAGAGUCUAUAUUUUUAUUAAAAGUUAAAUAAAGAAAAAAAAAAAAAAAAA